AUGCCGCUGGAUCACCGGCGAGUGCCGGGCCCGGAAGAGUCGCAGUCGCCGCUGCUCUACGUGCCGGCCGGCCAGCGGGAGAGCGGCGAGGCGGCCAGCCGGGACCUGUCGGCGCUGCAGCCGCUCUUCGCCCGCGUGGGGCUGCUGAGCCAAGCCAAAGGCUCGGCCUACGUGGAGCUGGACGGCGGCACCAAGGUCCUCUGCUCCGUGGCCGGGCCGCGCGAGGCGGGCGGCGGCGGGGCGAGUGCCCCGGGCGAGCCGCGCGGCCGGCUGGUGUGCGAGUUCCGCCGGGCGCCUUUCUCCGGGCGCGGCGCCCGAGGCCGGCCGGGCGACAAGGAGCCGGAGCUGGGCCUGGCGCUGCAGGAGGCGCUGGAGCCGGCCGUGCGCCUGGCGCGCUACCCGCGGGCGCAGCUGGAGGUGAGCGCGCUGCUCCUGCAAGACGGCGGCUCCGCCUUGGCCGCCGCCAUGUGCGCCGCCGGGCUGGCCCUGGCCGACGCGGGCAUCGAGCUCUACGACCUGGUGGCGGCUUGCGCGCUCAGCCGGGCGGCCGGCCCGUCGGGGCCCGAGUGGCGGCUGCAGCCCAGCGAGUCCGAGGAGCGCGCCGCCGCCGCCCGCCUCACCGUGGCGCUCCUGCCUUCCCUCAACCAGGUGGCCGGCCUGCUGGGCAGCGGCGACGGCGGGCCGGCCGACAGCUGGGCCCAAGCGCUCCGCCUGGGCCUCGACGGCUGCCAGCGCCUUUACCCGCUGCUGCGCCAGAGCCUCCUGCGGGCGGCCAAGCGGCGGGCGCCCGGGCCGCAGGAGCCCGCGGACAUGGACACGGACACGGCCGAGCCCCCCGCGGGGACGGCCUGA